AUGUUCAUGUUUGUUAGGACAAUUGCAAUACUUUUUAGUGUCCUGUUUACAUUCAUAAAAAUUACCCAUUCAAUGGAAAGUGAUUUUUGCAUUCCUCUUAGGCUGGAUCACCCAAAUUCUGCAAAAUACAAUUUUGUUGGCAGCGAGGAGGAUGCACUCCAACAAGGAAUUGUUUUUAAAAUUAACGCGUUCAAGCAGGAGUUUAUUCUCAAUUUAGUGCCAGAUUCCAAUUUCCUUGCGCCUACCUUCUCAGCUCAAAGCGAUGCCUCAUCUUCAAAUCCCGGUGCAAUCUCUGAUCUGAGCCGGUGCUUUUACUCUGGUUUUGUUAAUUCCGACCGGGAUUCCUAUGCAGCUCUGAGUCUGUGCAAAGGCAUGCAAGGCGCUUUUGGUUACAAAGGGUGGGAAUAUUUCCUCAGCCCCGUACAGAAUGACACGGCAUCAGGACACACCGGGAGCGCUGAGAGACCGCACGUCAUUCGCCGUCGCAGCACCGCGCACGACAGCACCAAUUCGACUUCCAGAUGCGGGGUGGACUCCGGCGUGAACCACGACAUGCUGCAGUCUUUGGAAAAAUAUAAACACACACACGGACAAUAUAAAGGGAACGCAACUGAAACGGUGUUAAGAAACCGAUCGAAAAGGUUUGCCUCCAUUCCCAGAUACGUGGAAGCCCUGAUCGUUGCAGAUGAGUCCAUGGAAAAAUUCCAUGGCGACGACCUUAAACAUUACCUGCUGACCCUGAUGUCAGUCGCCGCGAGGCUUUAUAAGCAUCCCAGCAUUCUAAAUUCCAUCAACAUCGUGGUCGUCAAGUUCAUGGUGAUCAACGAAGCUGACAAAGGACCGAAAGUUUCCGGCAACGCGGCACUGACUUUGCGCAAUUUCUGCACCUGGCAGAAAAAGUUGAACAAAAACAGUGACAAGCAUCCAGAGUAUUGGGAUACCGCUAUCCUUUUCACCAAGCAGGACCUCUGUGGCGCCUCGACCUGUGACACUCUGGGAAUGGCUGACGUGGGCACCAUGUGUGACUCAAAGAGAAGCUGCUCUGUCAUCGAGGACGAUGGCCUUCCCUCGGCAUUUACUACAGCUCAUGAACUGGGACACGUCUUUAACAUGCCCCACGACAAUGUGAAGGCCUGUGAGGAAGUUUUCGGGAAGCUGAAGGACAACCACAUGAUGUCCCCCACGCUGAUCCAGAUCGACCGCAGCAACCCCUGGUCCGCCUGCAGCGCCGCCAUCAUCACAGAGUUCCUGGACAGCGGCCACGGAGACUGCCUGCUGGACCAGCCCCAGAAGCUCCUGGCUCUGCCAGAGCUCCUCCCUGGCAUUAGCUACAGCCUGAGCCGGCAGUGUGAGCUGGCAUUCGGCGAGGGCUCCAAGCCCUGCCCAUACAUGCAGUCCUGUUCCAAGCUGUGGUGCACGGGCAAGGCCCGGGGCCAGCUGGUGUGCCAGACACGGCACUUCCCCUGGGCCGACGGCACCAGCUGCGGGGAUAACAUGCUGUGCCUCAGAGGGGUCUGCACCGACAGAGAAAACGUCACCAAGACCAAGGUGGAUGGCCGAUGGGGAAAGUGGGGAGCGUUUGGUGCCUGUUCCCGUACCUGCGGCGGGGGAGUCGAGCUGGCCAAGAGGGAGUGUAACAACCCUGUGCCGGCAAACGGAGGCAAAUACUGCCAGGGGGUGCGGGUGAAGCAUCGCUCCUGCAAUCUGAACCCCUGUCCAGACACAGGUAAAAGCUUCCGGGAGGAACAGUGCGAAGCCUUCAACGGCUUCAGCCUCAACACCAACCGGCUCGCCCCCUCCGUGGUGUGGGUUCCCAAAUACUCCGGGGUGUCUCCGAAGGACAAGUGCAAACUGAUCUGCAGAGCCAAUGGGACAGGCUACUUCUACGUCCUCGCCCCUAAGGUUGUGGACGGCACGCCCUGCUCGCCCGACUCCUCUGCAGUCUGCGUCCAGGGGAAGUGCAUGAAGGCCGGCUGUGACGGCAAACUCGGCUCCAACAAGAAGUUCGACAAGUGCGGGGUGUGCGGCGGGGACAACCGGAGCUGCAAGAAGGUCUCGGGGCUGUUUACCAAACCCAUACACGGUUACAACUUUGUGGUGAUGCUGCCCAUCGGAGCCUCGAACAUUGACAUCCGGCAGCGUGGCUACAAAGGCUUGGUGAAUGACGACAACUACCUGGCGGUGAAGAACACCCAGGGCAAGUACCUCCUGAACGGGAACUACGUGGUGUCGGCUGUGGAGAGGGACAUCAUCGUUAAGGGCAGCCUGCUGAGGUACAGCGGCACGACCACGGCGGUGGAGACCCUGCAGGCCUUCAAGCCUCUGCAGGAGGCCCUGACGGUGGAGGUGCUGUCCGUGGGCAAGAUGACUCCACCCCGCAUAAGGUACUCCUUCUACCUGUCCAAGGAGAACAAGGAGGAGAAGCUCCUCAAGAAGGAAGGGAGGACCCACUCCCAGAACAGCGUCCUGGUGGAGAGCAACAAGGUAGAGCUGAAGAAGGCGUCCUACAAGAAGCCCGCGCAGAAGUGGACGGUGGCCAACUGGGACGAGUGCUCGGUGACCUGUGGGAGCGGCCUGCAAAAGAGGCUGGUGCAGUGCCUGGACCCGGACGGCAAAUCCGCCACCGACUGCGACACCGCGCAGAAGCCCAACGCCAUGAGGGUGUGCGGGGACCCUUGCCCCAUGUGGGACAUCGGGGAGUGGUCCCCGUGCUCCAAAACCUGCGGGAAAGGUUUCAAACGGCGGGUGCUGCGCUGCGUCACUCAGACAGGACUGCUCCUGCCACGAGAUCACUGUACGGGCAAACGAAAGCCGCAGGAACUAGACUUCUGCAUCCUGCAGCCUUGCUAAUAACCCCUCCCACACAACCCUUCCCAGCAGACUUAUUUUUGUCUAAUUGUAUUCGGCAAAAACUAAAACAAAAACAAAAAAAAAAAAAACUUAACGAUCCAGAACCAUGUUUGUUCUGGUGCAUCUGCUUGCAUCAUGGGCCAUGAAAGAGGGAAGAAACAGGGUUAGGGUGCAACAGGAUGUCAGAGAGACGUACAAACUGUGGGGCCAUUGAUUUCAAUUAUAUGGAGUUGGUGCUACACAGAGAAGUCUACCUCUGAUCAUAAUACUACAAUAAAACACACAUGCCCACUCGAGUAGUACACAUCCAUCAUACCUAAACAUAAAGCAUGUGUGAAUUUGAGAAUAUGUGUGCUAUGUUUGGGCACUGCUAGUCAAAAUCCUAAACAGAGAAUUCCUACCAAGUUGAAAAAAAAGAUUAAGAAAGCAGUCACUGGAUCUACUGGGGA